CUUCUUCUCUCUCUUUCUCUUUCUUCUGAGGUUUAGGGUUUAAGACUCUCCAAGAAAUUUGGAUUUACGCUAACUGUUUUUGAUCAUCAAAUAUCUUUUGUUUCUGUGAUUCACCGAAUCACUUCAAUUUCGCCGAAAGUUUCUGGCUUUCCUUUUUUCUCGGUUAUAGAUUUUGAACAACUCUUAUAGGCUUUGAGAUCACUGAAGAAAGUUUGAGACUUUAUGGCGCUUAAAGCAAAACCAAGAUCUGAAAUGGAUAUCUCAGAUUGUUCUGCAAAUCAACAACCAGAUGGUGUUAAUGUAGUGGAGGAUGCACAAGAGGUGGAAGAGGAUAUAGUUGAUAUCUUGAAGUGGCAUGAUGAUUUUGAAGAGGAAAGAGAAGAGGUUUUGUGUGGAGCUUCUUCUUCAAGUUCUUUUGGUGAUUCAAUGUGUGCUCGUGAUGGUGAUGAUUUUGGUUUUGGUGAUGAAGCACAAUCUAUGUUAAGCAAUGAUUAUCCAUUACCUGGAACUUGUGAUGAUGGGACUGAGUUUUUGGGUUUGCCUAAGAAGAAGACGAAUGAUAGGUGGAGGAGAUUGACUAAGCCUAUAAUGUGGAGAUGUAAGUGGAUAGAGCUUAAGGUUAAGGAGAUUCAGUCUCAAGCUAGAGGGUAUGAGAAAGAAGUUAAAGAUUACUAUUUGACUAAACAGUUUGAUUUGGAGAAGUCGAAAUUGGAAGGCUUUGAUGGCAAAUCGAUUCCUUUUCGUGAAAACAAUCAAAGGAGGAAUGUUUUUAAGAGAGGAAGAAGGAAACGAGUGGAAGAGACUACAGAUGUUGCUGCUUAUAUGUCUAACCAUAACCUUUUCUCUUAUGCUGAUAAGCGGGUGCCGGUAAAUGUUAAAGGGCAGUAUCUUGAUUCAGAUUUUGGUACAGGUCGCAAAGCUACGGGGAAGCAAGAUGCGAUUGAAGAUGAUAGUCUAAUUUCUGAGUUAGAUUGUUCUGAUGAUGUACUUGCAAAGUUUCUGUGUAAGAUUGAUGAGGCACAGGGAAAAGCAAGAAGAUUGAGGAAGCGUGUUGAUCAGUUGAUGUGGGAUUCUCAGCCUGCUCAUACAUCAUCAAUGCCUCAAAUGGUAGCUCCCUGUCAUAGAGACUCUAUGAUACAAACUGGCAAGAAAUGUGCUCUUGUUGAAGCCCCGUUGACUCAUGUACAAAAUGGUCAACAAUGUAUACCUGCUGAUCAUAUCGAACACCUAAUGGUGCCUCAGACACAUAUUGGUGGGCAAUGUUUGACUAACAACUCUCCAAUUUCAUCUAGCUUAAGAUUUCACCCUAUCCUUGAAGACCUGCUAAUGGAUGAGCCAGAGAUGAAUGAUCAUGAAAUGGAAGGGGAUGACAAAAAGCUUGAUUACUUCAUGAAGAUAAUCAAUCAGAUUACAGGCGUGCCACGGGAAGAAGCAGAUGCAGAAGAAGAUCCUACACCGGUCACCAAGAAGCGGAAUACUUCUCACUGAAGCUCUCUCUCUGUACAGAGCCUUAUCUUCCUGCCUGAUCAGCUAAAAUUCAUGUCCAUAAAGCUCUCAUAAGAUAGUAAUAUUGGUAUAUUCCGUUUAUUCUUCUUCUCUAUCUCUCUACUAACUCUUUGGAUUUGGCUCUUUAUGAAUUAUGAAACCAGAAUAGGUUUCAGAGUUUGUGCAGAGUUAAAUGACUUAGCACCAUAUCUUCGGCUAUUAUCUUUCUUGUUCAAUAUGAGUCAUUAGACCUUAUUUGAUUCUAAAUUCAAAUCUUUUUGAUCUUCC